AUGUGGGCCUUCCUGGUGGCCGGAGCGUCAGCAUCCACAAAGACUAGUUGCAGCACUCCACCUGCACCCCGACAUUCCGAGGUGAUCUUGAUUCUGUUUAUUUUCGGCAUCAUCUUAUCCAACUCAGUGUGGAAGGAUCCGAAGAAUCCGGGCAACGGCUGCUUGUAUUGCACAUCGGACAACGCCGGUGGCCUGGGGCGCAAAGUCACCGAUGGCGAAGCGAUACGGAAGUUUACGGAGCUCAAGGACCAAAUGCCUCAGUUCCGGGCCCACCUGGAGCUGCAACCCCCGGUUCCUUUGUACCUGGCCCGGCUAAGUUUGGCGAACCACGAGCUCGGCGACCGCGCAGUCCGUCAGCUGGUCGAGGCGCUGUUGUCCGGCACGACGCUGGUGGAGGUGUUGGAGCUGUACAAGAACCGACUAGGCGAUGCCUCGGCACAAGCACUUGCUGUGCUGCUGGAGAAUUCUCCAAAGCCUGGAGUUCACGGCUUCCACCUGUCCCAUAACUACUUCACACCUUUGGGCGUGGGCUUGCUGCUGGCUUCUGCAACCCGCAGCAACUUUUACCCGGCAUGGCGAAAGUGGCGUGGUCGCAGCUUCCUUUGCCCACUCUGGUUAAGAGUCGAACAACAGUUGGUGAAGUGGGAUGUGUUAAAUGGUCUGGGAGAAACGGAGCAGAAGAAAAGGGCAGAUCUUCUAUUGGCAGAGAAAGCCGCCACCCUCACCAAACGCUGCCAGGCAAACGGCCGGCUUCUGCCAGAGUCGUUGCCCGAGGAUUUCAGGUUGCUUUGCAUGCCCGAGGGCUUUGAUGAGCCAUCGGAGGAUUGGCCGGAACAUCUAGAUCGCCGGCCAAAGACCUGCUCCAAGUGGUAUUGCGCCCACAUUCAUGAGGAUGGCUGGCCCAUGGUACACCUCCCCUAUUUCUGGUCCCAGAAUUCCGAUCGCACUUCCGACGUCUGUCCAGAGGUCGGUAGCCUGCACCGCUCGGACCCCACCUGGCGCUCCUGGAGGCCCAGGUUGCCUGUCAGCGUCCUUGGCCGGAUCGCUCUCAAGGGCCCUCCCUCGCCAGCGCCCUCGGCACAGGCCCAACCCUUGGCAGAUGGGGAGGUUCGGCCUGCGGAGGCUCCGGCUGCCAAGCAGGAAGAGAAAAAAGGGCCGGGUAAGCAGGGCAAGGAGCCCAAGAAGGCCAAGGAGCACAAGAGCAAGAAGUCUAAGGAGGACAAGGAGGCCAAGAGAGUGAAGAAGCAGAAGAAGGAGAAGAAGGAGAAGAAGGACGGGCCCAAGCGCAGCGCGCGCGACGAAAAAAAAGCGCCGAAGCUCCGAUCCAAGAAGGAGAAGCCCAGCCCAAGCGAGGCGGAGGCACCGGUCGUGGAGCCGCCGGAGGACGAGGAGUGCUCGGGCUCCGACAGCGAAAGCCCCGGAGCCGAAGAACUCGGCAGGUUCUCGAUGGAGCUGAACCGGGAACUCGAAAGGGCCAUCGACUUGGAGAAGAAUAAAUACUACAUCAAUUCGAAAGAGGAAAGAGGUGAUGAUAUCGACGAAGCCGUAAAUGUCAUAAAGCCGCUCUUCGGGAGCCUUCCCGUGACGAUGCUCUCUUUGUGGUGUGCAAUCAGUGGUGGCAACGACUGGAUGGUGUAUGCAGAAGCGCUGAUGGUGAUGGACCGUGACAACAGCUACGUGUACGUUGCUGUUUUCCUCUUCUACACUGCCUUCUGCGUUGUCGGACUAUUCAAUGUUGUGACAGGAGUGUUCGUGGACAGCGCUGUCUGCUGCAGAACUGAGGAUGAAGUUUUGCAGAGCUACAUGGACGAUCUAAAGCACACUACUGCUGAGAUAAAGAAGUUUUUCGAGACAGCAGACUCCGAUGGUUCUGGCACCUUGAGCUACAGAGAGUUCUGUGGGCAUUUGAGAAACCCGACAGUCAAGGCUUUCUUUCAUGGUCUGGAUAUUGAUCCGGAGGAGGCCUCCAUCAUUUUCCGAAUUCUUGACGAUGACAAGAACGACGAAAUUCUCAUAGAAGAGUUCAUUAAUGGCACCAUGAAGCUGAAGGGUCAUGCCACAAAGCUCGAGAUGAUAACUUUGAUGUACGACAACACCAGGCAAAGCAUGAAGCUGGACUCGUCAGAUGCUUACCGCCACGGUUCUGUGCCACGAAGUGACGACACUGUGUUCACACCAAUGAAGCUCAGCGUCGGCCUGGUCACCUUGGCAAGUUUGACGGUUGCGUGGGGAGCACAGCUCCGCACCCGCGGAAGGGAUGAAGAUGUGCCCGAUCCACCGAAUCGCACCACCACCUUCAGCAAGACGUGGGUCGAGACAUGCGAGAACAUCUCACUGGCGGAAUGUACGGGUUCCUAUGUCGGCUGGGGCGUGCACUACCUGCAAGAAUGCGCCAUCAGCAGCUCGAAAGCCCUUUGCUUGUCUACCGGAGAACGCUGCACACGCAGUUCAGAGCUCUUCGUCGAGUACCUGGUAGUUGCAGGCGGCGGUGGUGGGGCAUCGGGCGGUGGGGAGGUGAAGGUGUCCUCGCCGGCCAACAACUGGCGAACAGAAGGUGGAUCCAAGCAAGGCAUUGAAGGUGGUGGUGGGGGCCGGGUGACUCUCAGCUUGGUGAGGUCUUGGCCAAAAGAGGAGGCCAAGGAGGUGGAGGUUGGAGGGUCAGGAGGAUCCGGUGCCAAGAGGGCUUUGGCAAAACGACAUACGGCUUUGGAACAGAAGUGUCUUUUCUUUUAUUGCGGCACGGUGCCGCCGGGGCUCCGAGCCAUGGCAAGGCAGUGCCUUGAAAUGGGCGUGAAUCUGGAGGAGAUUGAUCUGCAUGGUCAGACGCCUCUGUUUUGGGCUGCAAAGCGCGGCAACAUGAUGAUGGUCAAGUUUCUCCUCAAUCUUGGCUUUGCAAAGAAAAGCGCCGUCUUCCUGGUGAACUACCAAGACAAGCCGAGGAAGACGGCUCUUUUGAUUGCCAUCGAGAACGGUCACCUGGACGUGGCCGACUACCUCAUCGAGCGGUCCGCUUCGACAUUGGUCCGCGCAAGCAGCGGUAAGACACCGCAAGCGAUGCUUAAAGAAAAGAAUCACAAGCCACCUGGGAGGAAACGAAAGUUGGCUGAGCCAAGCCUGAGUUUCGUUUGUCCUGGCGCAGAAGCACGCAGGCGUCUCGCCCAGUGGGAAUGGGCCGGCGCGGAGGACGAGUCCGAGCCCGUCGUGGAUAAAGAAGAGGACAAUGUGCUCGUGGUGGCACGAGCACGUUGUCCUCUUCUUUUAUCCACGACCGGCUCGGACUCGUCUCGUGGAAGAUUCGCGGUUUCUGGACAUUACAUUUAA